AUGGCUAAGCUUUGUUUGACGGCUUCUCAUGGCUACCCUCCUGGUUCUGGGCUCUUCUUUCACCAAGACCACAACAGGGUUGUCAAGGAUUAUCAACCCUAUCUACCUAACAUGCUGCCAGGACAAGAGAUGAUGAGACCAGACUCUUUUCAUCUGAAGCCUCAUCAGCAUGAUGAAACAAGAAAACGUAUCACUGGAAUUGAACUGGCCAGCCACUUCGAUACAAGUAUUGGAGAGCCUGUCCUUAUAGACGUGAAAGAUGCAUGGACAGAUAAAGUUCUCCCCGGUGUUGGGAUUGCUGAGCAAUGCGCUAGACACGACAGAAUAAUGCAGUUCCUCAAAUCUCGGUGGAAUGAAUUGGAAACAGGGGAAUUAGAUUUGUACGAGGUUUCUGAGUUGAUGGGGCUUCGAACACUGCACUUGACCAUGGAUCUAGAUGCAUAUAACCCACCUAUGAGCAUGAAGGGUGAAUUUGAUUUUGUGAAUCCUUUAGUGGACUUUAUGAGUGAUAUGGCUCGUGGGUCAAAGGUUACAAUUCAUCCCGAUGGUCGGCUGCUGUUGAGUGGCACGGGGACGGAGAUCAAGGACAUACUCCCCAUUGUUGCUGAGUUUAACCUAAACAAUGAUUCCACCACCUGGGGAAGACAUUCGGUGCUCAUCCCCCAAUUUAAUAGGUUUGAUACAUAUGAAGCGGAAUUUUCUUCAUUAAACGUCCAAGCUGUGGCUGUUGCACCAUUGAAUAGUCCAGAGAAAGUUAAGGCGAAGCCAUUGGGCAAGAGGAGAAGUGGCAGGAGAGGGGUGAGCAGAGAGCAGGAUCUUUACAAGAGGAACUACUUCCAUGCAUGCGAGAGCCUUCUAUCCUUGAUGAUGAACAAGAAACACGACGGGAAAGCAGCAAUCUUGUGGCUCAAGAAAUCUGGCCCUGAGCUUCCCGAGCUGCUGACCCAGUUCUCUGCUAGCAUUGCUGGCACUGGCCUUGCUGUUCUUUUCUCCGUGGCGUGCAAGGUAGCUUGUGGAAGGGUACCCUUAACCUCAUCAAAGCUGCUCAGCACAGGGUUGGCUUUCGGACUGGUUUGGCUCUCUUGGGCGGUGAAUAAGCUGCGGGACACAAUAAUCCAUGUCAGCAGGAAUGCUGGCAAGGGCCUCAAGGAUGAAGAAGUGAUGAGGAGUGUGGACAGGAGCUUGAAGGAUGUUUACUUCCGAGCUGCGACGUUGCUUGCUGUUGCUGUUCUGAGGGUCGCAUGA